GCCGCAUAGCCAGUUUGAAUAUUCAAGCAGUUACAUCAAGUUCUUUGCAAAAUGAAAGUCUUCUUUAUUACCUUCCUAAUUUGUUCGCCGAUUUUCAUCGCGGCAAAUCCGGGACAACAGCAACAGUAUACUUCGUUUGCACAAACCAGUCCUCAGCAAGGAGCAAUUGUACAGGCCAUUCCGACAAAUUCUCUCCAACAAGGCGUUUAUCAAGGUAGUUUUCCAUCGGUCAGUCUCCCACCAGCCAAUUCCCAAUAUCAAGGCGCUUUUUCAACGGUCAUUCUCCCACAACUGGGCGUCCAAUCAGUUGGUCUCCAACCAGUUGGUCUACAACAAGUUGGUCCUCAGCACUUCGGUUUACAACAAGUUCGUUCUCAGCACUUGGCUUUACAACAACCACAAGGUACGGUCUUUCCAUCAUUAUUACAGAACUCUUACGGGAUUGCAUCACCUCUAUCUGCUGGGCAUAUGGGAUACCAAGCACAACCAAAGUAUGGCACUGUGACUCAUCAUCAUAAAUUUGCCGGGCUUGAUCAAAAACAUGCUGCCAUGCAAAGAGAGCAUGAUAGAAAAAUAGGAAAAAUGAGUAAAAUGGUUGAGAAAAUGGACGAAAACGUGAAAAAACUGAUUGCACAAUUGAAAUUGAACAAUAAUAAUAACAACAAUCAAGCUGAUCACGGUGAUUUUGACGCAAAACCAAUUGCAGUUCAAGUCCGUUAAAUUUCGGCCACCACCAAUAAUACCAUUUCAGCCACCACCAAUAAUAAUCAUUUCUAAAUUUGGCUAUCGAAAUUGGAAGAAUCAAUAAAGAAUUUUAUUGAAAAUUA